UUUGGCCUGGAAAGAAAAGCCAUUUCCCAUGGCUCCGCCGUCGUCUCUCACUCCUCUUCCAGUCCCACCGGAGCUCCACGUCACCAACCGCGAAACGCUCCUCAAUUCACUUCGCCGCCACCUCUCUGAAUCUUCCCGCCCCCUCUACGGCUUCGUUCUCCUCCAAGGAGGCGAAGAGCAGAAUCGCUAUGACACUGAUCACACCGAGCUCUUCAGACAAGAGAGUUACUUUGCUUACUUGUUUGGCGUAAGAGAACCUGGUUUCUAUGGAGCUAUAGACAUUGCAACAGGGAACGCUGUUCUCUUUGCUCCGAGAUUGCCUGCUGAAUAUGCCGUUUGGUUGGGAGAGAUAAAGCCUUUAUCUUACUUCAAGGAAAGAUAUAUGGUUAGCCUGGUACACUAUACUGAUGAGAUCGCAACAGUUUUGCAUGAUGAAUACAUGGGAUCCGGUAAACCUGUAUUGUUUCUCUUGCAUGGGAUCAACACUGAUAGUGAUCUAUUCUCGAAACCCGCAGAGUUUCAGGGGAUUGAUAAGUUUGACACAGAUUUGACUACCUUGCAUCCAGUUUUGACUGAAUGCCGUGUUAUAAAAUCAGAUAUGGAGCUUGCCCUUAUCCAGUUUGCCAAUGAUAUAAGUUCUGAAGCUCAUGUGGAGGUCAUGAGAAAAAUUAGGGUAGGCAUGUACGAGUAUCAGCUGGAAAGUAUGUUUCUUCACCACACCUACAUGUAUGGUGGCUGUAGACAUUGCUCGUACACAUGUAUUUGUGCUACUGGUGAUAAUAGUGCUGUUCUCCAUUAUGGGCAUGCAGCAGCUCCGAAUGACAGGAUCUUGGAAGAUGGAGAUUUGGCAUUACUUGAUAUGGGAGCUGAAUACAACUUCUAUGGUUCUGACAUCACUUGUUCUUACCCAGUGAACGGAAAGUUUACCCCUGACCAAGCACUUAUAUAUAAUGCUGUCCUUGAUGCUCACAAUGCUGUCAUAUCCACAAUGAAGCCUGGAGUAAGCUGGCUUGAUAUGCAUAAACUAGCAGAAAAGGUUAUUCUUGAAUCAUUGAAGAGAGGGAGGAUCCUAGUCGGGAAUGUUGAUGAUAUGAUGGUCAAACGACUGGGUGCUGUUUUUAUGCCUCAUGGUCUUGGGCAUUUGCUUGGUAUUGACACUCAUGAUCCUGGUGGCUACCCAAAGGGAACGGAGAGAUCAAAAGAACCUGGAUUGAAGUCUUUACGUACAACAAGAGAACUCCAAGAGGGAAUGGUGAUAACGGUAGAGCCUGGUUGCUACUUCAUUGAUGCUUUGUUGGUUCCAGCUAUGGGAAACUCAAAUACUACCAAGUUCUUCAAUCAUGAAGCAGUUAGUAGGUUUAAAGGUUUUGGUGGAGUUCGAAUUGAAAGUGAUGUGCUUGUCACGGCUAACGGUUGUAAGAACAUGACAAACGUUCCUCGGGAAUCGGAGAUUGAAGCAGUAAUGGCAGGGGCGCCAUGGCCACUUGAUAAAUGACUUUGAUGUGCUCUCCAUGAGCUUUGAAUUCUGCUAUUUAUCACAGAAAGAAGAAUAAGAUGAAACAAAACAAAGCAUCCUCUCUAAAUAUUGUUGUAAACUUUCACUAUACAUGUAUGGUCAUUAUUCUUCAA